CAAAGUAUCACCGAUACGUCACGGAGGCCGCCGUACCCGUAUCUGAUACGGCGGGAUACGGCGAUACGGCGCGAUACGGCGCGAUACAGCGCUGGGAGCACGCACGCCGCCGGGAGUGAGCGCGGCGGCCUGGAGCCGAAGCCGCCACAGCACGAAUCCGUCAACACGUGAGAUCCAAAUCGCUGGCCAUGAUGGAAAGUGAAAGCUCAGCAUCCCCUAGUGCGCAAGCUGCUGCUAGUAACAGUAAUGUUGUUGAUGAAGAAAGAUUGCGCAAAACUCCUUUGUGGAGGCAUGUUAAAGUGCUUCAGAAGAAUGGUGCUUCCGGUGGUAAUGCAAGAUCUGAAUGCCUAUAUUGUGGUCACAUUAUCCCUGGGAGUUAUUCUAGAGUGAGAGCACAUCUGUUCAAGGUGCCGAACCAAGUCACAUCAAUAUGUUCUGUUGCGACACCAGAGAUGGUUGAGCAAUUUCGUAGGGAAGAAGGUGCAGCUAAAGCAACGACUGAAGCGAGCACACAGAGGAGUGCUCCCAUGCCGGUGCAGCUCCCAUUGUCGACGAAGGCAUCCAAGAAGAAGAAGCAAACAUGUAUUCUGGAAAGUUUCCACCUUGAACUUCGACAAAUGGCUGAUGCUAUUAUUGCAAGAAUGUUCUACACUGGAGGUAUUCCUUUCAACAUGACCUUUGCAUGGGAGGUAAAGCUACCAUAUCCGACCGAAGAGGAGAGGGAAGGAUACAGUUGUGAUGACUGCUUCGAUGAUCUGUGCAAGGAGAUGAGCAGGAUGGCUGUGUUUGACGAAGAGGAGAAGGCUGGGCUGCCGCAGUUCGAGGGGAGGUACACCCGGUUCAUCUACAACAGCGACAACGAGAUCGAGAGGGACGGCGUGGUGGAUGCAGCUGAGGCAAGGGCCUGCCGGUGCCGGAGGGGAGGCAUCUGCGCUUCCACGAGGAUGAGGAGGAGGAUUAAGCAUAUGCAUAUAACAGCUGUUUAG